GUAUAGACUUACGGUUACCUAGAGAGCAAUUGCCAAACAGAGCACCAUGAACACCGGAGAAGUCAUUUAUACACUGUUGGAAGUCCUCAUUGCUGUCAGCUGCUGUCUGGGAAACAUGUUGGUUGUUUUGGCCCUGUGGAAAACCAAAAGCAUCCAACAGCCCACCUUCUGCCUUAUUGUGUCUCUGGCUGUGGCUGACUUUCUGGUUGGAUUUAUUGCCAUACCAUUGGCUGUGCUGGUGGAUGGGCGCCUGGAGACUUCAUUCCACAUUUGCCUCUUCAUCAGCUGCGUGGUUAUCCUCUUGACUCUAGUUUCAGUUCUGUGUCUGAUGGCUAUUGCUGUUGAUCGUUACCUGCGGGUCUAUAUCCCUCUGCGGUACAGACGAGCUGUAACCUGGAGGCAUUCCUAUUCUGUGGCAGCUACAUGCUGGCUUGUUGCAGUACCACUGAGUUUCACUCCUAUGCUUGGAUGGCAUGAAGACCCACCUGAAUCUGUGAAUUCUACAGUUGUCUGUCAAUUUGUACGGGUGAUUCCCAUGUCUUACUUGGUUUACUUCAAUUUUUUUCUCUGUAACAUCACACCUCUGCUGGUGAUGAUUGUGUUGUACUGCUAUGUCUUCUGCUAUAUUAGGGGAAACCUGAAAGAGAAACCAGGCAACGGUGCUCGAAAUCAGUCCCAAAAAUACCUAUGGAAAGAAAAGCAGCUAGCAUUGUCUUUGUCUCUGGUCUUGGCCCUGUUUGCCCUUUCUUGGCUUCCUCUUCACCUCAUGAACACCAUUGCUUACUUUCAAGGAUCAGCUGCUGUGCCAUGCACAGCUUUCUAUGUUGGAAUUUUGCUUUCACAUGCUAAUUCAGCUGUCAACCCAGUAGUGUAUGCAUUUAAAAUAAGAAAGAUCAAGACAGCUUAUCUGAAGAUUUGGAGACAGUUUGUUCUGUGUCCAACAGAAGAACAAGGCUCUCAGGCAAGCCAGACAACAGACAACCCCAGCAGUAACAACAGAAUUUUUGAUAAUGACUAAUGGCUGAUCUAACUUUCUUUAUUAUGCAUGUUGUUGAAAUAUAAUACUGAACUGCAGCGUUUGUUGUAGCUCUGUUUCAUAUUAUUCUCCAUUUUUGUGCUCAGGGUGAAUUUUGCAUUUUGCAUUUACAUUGAACAUUUGUUUUUCAUAAAGAUCAACUGUUUGCUUGCUUUUGUAUUGUAA